AUGGCCAAGCUCAUCACUCCUCUCGUCUUGGCGGCAUUGGCUGCUGGCGUUGUGGCUUCGCCCGUUGCCGAGCCCGCCAUUACUGAAGCGCCAAGCCUGGCCAAGCGAGCCACCAGCUGUACGUUCUCUGGUUCCAACGGAGCUUCCAAAGCCAGCGUUUCUCAAAAGUCGUGCUCCACCAUCAUCUUGUCCGCUGUUGCUGUGCCUUCCGGAACUACCCUGGACCUCAGUGACCUGGAAGAUGAUACUACGGUCAUCUUCGAAGGCGAGACAACCUGGGGCUACGAAGAGUGGGAUGGUCCCCUGCUCCAAAUCUCCGGAACUGGCAUCACUGUCAAGGGUGCGUCUGGUGCGUACCUGAACGGUGAUGGAUCCCGCUGGUGGGACGGUGAAGGAAGCAACGGCGGUGUGACCAAGCCCAAGUUCUUCUAUGCUCAUGAUCUUACCGACUCAACCAUCACCGAUCUCUAUAUUGAGAACACUCCCGUCCAGGCUGUCAGCAUCAACGGAUGUGAUGGACUGACCAUCACUGACAUGACCAUCAACAACGAGGCUGGUGAUGACUUGGGUGCCAAUACCGAUGGUUUUGAUAUUGGCGACAGCACUAGUGUCAUCAUCACCGGUGCAAACGUGUACAACCAAGAUGACUGCGUUGCAGUGAACUCGGGCACGGAUAUUACUUUCGAGAACGGUGUUUGCUCUGGUGGACACGGACUGUCGAUCGGCAGUGUUGGCGGCCGCAGUGACAACACUGUGGACACCGUGACCUUCUACAACAACGAAGUCAAAUCAUCGGUUAACGGUAUUCGCAUCAAGGCCACCGAAGGAGACACUGGAACCAUCAAAGGCGUCACUUACAACGAGAUUACACUUUCGGAUAUUUCCAAAUACGGUAUUCUCAUUGAGCAGAACUACGACGGUGGCGACCUUAAGGGAACAGCUACUAGCGGUGUCCCCAUUACUGACCUUACCAUCGAGAACAUUUCGGGCGCUGAUGCCGUUUCCUCGAGCGGUUACGACGUUGUCAUCGUCUGUGGAAGCUCUGGAUGCUCUGACUGGACUUGGUCUGACGUUGAUGUCACUGGCGGAAAGACAUACAGUGGCUGCACGAACGUUCCCAGUGGAAUUAGCUGCAGCUAA